AUAGUGUUAUAGGUCUUAAAUUAUCAAGAAGAGUCGGAUCUUUUCCGGGUUUAGGGAUUAGCGUGAUGACACCUUGUUUCAUAGUGCGAGUUAAAUAGCCAUUUUCUAUCAACUCAGUAAGCAUCCCAAACACAAGGGUUCUGAUGUAAACCCAAAAAUGUUUAUAAAAAUUGCUAGUUACAGCGAGGUCCUUCUCAUCGCUGUAGCAAACUUGGUGUUUGCAAAAUGGCUCCGCUUCCGCUUCAGAUCCGGUGUACUAGUUGCUGACUUUUCAAAAUCGCCUUUUUAUAAACGCUGUUUCACGGAUAAAAAAAAAAAAAAACUACAAAUGGAAAACCCUCACCAAGCCUGGAUUCAUUAACAGACCAGUCAGAACUUUGUAAGACAUUUUAAAGACUGUAUCUAUGAGUGGCUAACAGCUAGCACUGAGCACAACCUGUGGAUUUUAUUUACAAGGAACUGAUGAGUGUUACUUUUCUGUUACAUUCUCAUACAAAUUUUACUUAAUAUAUUUUUUAUGUUAAUUGUUCACGUGCUAUUUGAUCAGUUUGGAUUGAUGUUGAACUGGGGAACAGAAAAGUUUAGCUAAGUUGCUGGCUGUUCAGUUAUUUGCUCUGUUGCUUGUGUAUUUUGUUAAACAUUGAUGUAUUGCUUGAUAUUUCCAUUGUUGGGCUGGAUUGAUUCUUUACUUUGCAUAUUUUUAUUUAUUUGCAUAUUAUUGGAUGCUUGUUGCUUGGUGUGAUGCAUUGUCCUGCACAACGUGUGUAUUGUUCAGGUGUGACGUCUAUUGAAGGCCCUGACUGAAACCCCACGGUGCUGCCAGUGCCUUUAGGUUCACCUUUUCAUCCUUCACUUUCAAUAAUCCUAAUGUGAAUCUGUGUCUCCUCAGUUCCUCUUCCUUCUCCUCAAAACCUCAUGGAGGUGGAGAUACCAGUUGUGGGCAACAGACAGUGUAAAUGUAGCGGCUAUGGACCGACCACCAUCACUAACAACAUGAUCUGUGCAGGAUUACUGCAGGGAGGAAAGGACUCCUGUCAGGGAGACUCAGGAGGUCCGAUGGUGAGCAAACAAGCUGGCCGCUGGAUUCAGUCAGGAAUUGUGAGUUUUGGAGAAGGAUGUGCCAAACCAAAUUACCCAGGAGUUUAUGCCAGAGUCUCCCAGUAUGAGAGCUGGAUCAAAGCCCAGAUCACCACCAACCAGCCGGGCUUCAUCACCUACACAUCUACCGGAUCCAACAGCGACCUGAGCGUCUCCUGCACUGGCGUACCACCCAUUGUGUCCCCAACCACCACCACUCCUACUACCACUCCUACUACUACUACUUCUACUACUCCUACCACCACUCCUACUACUACUAAAACUACUACUACUACCACUCCUACCACU